CCUGGCUGGGCAGGUGGAGCCUACGCUGGGGGCGGGUCAGGGCGGUGUCCGCUCCUCUCUCUCCUGCUCCGGGCGCUGUUUGCAGCUGCUCUCGCCGCGGGUGGUUUGCGGGGACUUCCAGGUUUUCAGUGAAACAAUCAAAUCAUGGCAUCCGUUUGGGUUGGAAGCAGAGGAACCAUUCGAGAUUACACAGGAUUUAAUGCUUCCAAGGACGCUGAAACUGUUCGGAAGGCAAUCCGCGGAAUUGGGACGGAUGAGAAAACACUGAUCAACACCCUCACUGAAAGAUCAAAUGCUCAGCGGCAGCUGAUUGCGAAGGAGUACAGGGCAGCUUCAGGAAAGGACCUGAAAGAUGACUUGAAGAGUGAUCUCUCGGGCAAUCUGGAGCGUAUUAUGGUUGCACUUGUAACACCACCAGCUGUGUUCGAUGCUAAACAGCUUAAGAAAUCCAUGAAAGGUAGUGGAACUAAUGAAAAAGCACUGAUAGAAAUCCUAGCCUCCAGGAGCAGUAAGCAAAUGAAAGAGGUAUCCCAGGCAUACUAUACAGUAUAUAAGAAGAGUCUUGGAGAUGACCUCAGUUCUGACACCUCUGGUGACUUCAGAAAAGCCCUAUUAACUCUAGCAGAUGGCAGAAGAGAUGAAAAUAUAAAAGUGGAUGAACAUCUUGCAAAGAAGGACGCACAGGUUCUCUAUAAUGCUGGUGAGAAGAAGUGGGGUACAGAUGAAGAUAAGUUCACUGAAAUUCUGUGCCUUAGGAGCAUACCACAACUGAAACGAACAUUUGAUGAAUACAGGAACCUCAGCAAGAAGACGAUUGAAGAAAGUAUACAGAGUGAAAUGUCAGGGCAUUUUGAGGAUUUACUCUUAGCCAUUGUUCAAUGUGUGAAUAACACUCCUGCAUUCUUUGCUGAAAGGCUGCACCAAUCUUUGAAGGGUGCUGGAACUGAUGAGUUCACUCUUAAUAGAAUCAUGGUUUCCAGAUCAGAAAUUGACCUGUUGGAUAUUCGAGCUGAAUAUAAGAAGCAUUAUGGCUGCUCCUUGCAUGCUGCUAUAAAAUCUGAUACCUCUGGGGACUACGAGACCACACUACUGAGGAUCUGUGGUGGGGAUGACUGAAAGUAAAUUCAUAAGGAGCGCCAUGCUAUUGCUUUUCUGCUACCUACAGUAAUGCUUCUUGUGAAGCUUUUUAAACAUUUAAGCAAUUGUAAAACUGCAACAUGCUGACUGCUUUCUCAUCAAGUAUCCUAAUAAACAGAUGUUUGUUUUUAGUGCAUCUCUUCAGGCUGUUAUCUAACCACCUGCUGGCAUCUGGAUAAACUGUGCUUAGACUAUCAGAAGCCAGAUCUUCCAGCUAUACAUAGUGUUCCCCUGUAAGCUAAGUCUGUCUGGAAACAGUUGCUGUCUUUCUACAGCUGUACAGCAUCAGAAAAAGUGAUAUUACUGUAGGGUGGUGGCAGAAUACAAACUAAUGGAAGGUCAAGUUGAUAGUUACAAAGGCUGUGUUUGGUAGUUUGCAUUGGUGGACUGAUGAUGUAAACACUGGAUUCUUCUCCAAUGAAGUUGUUCCAAAGAGAACCAUUUAUUUUUAUAUAUUUUAGGGCUGUCAAUUGCGUUUAAUGCAUGCAAUUAACUCAGAUUAAUCCAUUUUAAUCACACUGUUAACAAUAAUAGAACACUAAUUGAAAUUUAUUAAAUAGUUUUUGGAUGUUUUUCUAAACAUUCAAAUAUAUUACUCCUGGGGGAAUUCUAAACCACUCCACAAUGCAGAAUUUUGCAGAAUUCCCUGUUUCCGCCGCAGAAUUGCUGGCUGCCACUAGGGGCCACUGGACUCUGCAGAGUCCAGCUCACAGUGAGUGGAGCUAGUCUGGCAGGGCUGUAGGCUGCAUGCUCUGCUUGAUCCUCAUUCUCCUGAGGACGGGAGAGGGCCUGGGAGACCCAGCUCUGGCCAAGGGUGAGGAAGAGCAAGGCCAUGCCCCCUGCUGGCAGGACAGUAAAGUGUGUGUGGGGGAGACUCUAGGGGUGUAAGUAUCUGGGCUCUGGGGGCCCCAACACAGCCCCCUCCAACUGGAAUCAGGUUGUCAUAGGGGUUUCUUUAAUUGUCUACUCCCGGGGGAAUCUUCUUUGCUCUUGUCUGUAUUGUUGACCUGCUCGUUGACAAGUAUUUUGAAAUAAAUUACUAAAAUAAUUGGAA